AUGGCGGGUAUGAAUGUGAGAGACCCUGCGGUAGAUCGUUCUCUGCGUUCAGUGUUCGUGGGGAACAUUCCAUAUGAAGCUACUGAGGAGCAAUUAAAGGACAUCUUUUCUGAGGUUGGACCUGUUGUUAGUUUCAGGUUGGUAUAUGAUAGGGAGACAGGAAAGCCAAAGGGUUAUGGCUUUUGUGAAUACCAAGACCAAGAGACAGCACUUAGUGCCAUGAGAAACUUGAAUGGGCGAGAAUUCAGUGGAAGAGCACUUCGAGUGGAUAAUGCUGCCAGUGAAAAGAACAAAGAAGAACUGAAGAGCCUUGGCACUGGUGCCCCUGUCAUUGAGUCACCUUAUGGAGAGACCAUCAGUCCUGAGGAUGCUCCUGAGUCCAUUAGCAAAGCAGUUGCCAGUCUUCCACCAGAGCAGAUGUUUGAGUUGAUGAAACAGAUGAAGCUUUGUGUCCAGAAUAGUCCCCAGGAAGCACGGAACAUGUUGCUCCAAAACCCUCAACUGGCUUAUGCUUUGCUACAAGCACAGGUAGUGAUGAGAAUUGUGGAUCCAGAGAUCGCCCUGAAAAUUCUGCAUCGCCAGACAAAUAUCCCAACACUGAUGUCAGGCAAUCCUCAGCCAGUCCACAGUGCUGGACCUCCCUCAGGAGCCGGUGUGCCAAUGAAUCAGCAGAAUCCUCAGGCCCCUGGGGCCCAGCCUAUGGGUGGCAUGCAUGUUAACGGGGCACCUCCUUUGAUGCAAGCUUCUAUGCAGGCUGGAGUUCCAGCACCAGGACAGAUGCCAACUGCUGUACCAGGACCUGGCCCUGGUCCCUUAGCUCCGGGUGGAGGGAUGCCGGGCCAGAUUGGAAUGCCAGGAGGUGGACCAGUGCCCAUGGAAAGAGCACAAGUGCCGAUGCAAGACCCCAGAGCAGCUAUGCAGCGUGGGCCCUUGCCUGCCAACGUCCCAACUCCUCGAGGUCUGUUAGGAGAUGCUCCAAAUGACCCACGUGGGGGCACUUUACUUUCUGUAACUGGAGAGGUAGAGCCUAGAAGUUACCUGGGACCACCUCAUCAGGGUCCACCCAUGCACCAUGUCCCUGGCCAUGACAGCCGUGGCCCGCCCCCACAUGACAUGAGGGGAGGGCCAUUAGCCGAGCCCAGACCUCUAAUGGCAGAGCCCAGAGGACCCAUGCUAGAUCAGAGGGGUCCACCCUUGGAUGGCAGAGGUGGAAGAGAUCCCCGAGGCAUGGAUGCACGGGGGAUGGAGGCACGAGCCAUGGAGGCAAGAGGAUUAGAUGCCAGAGGAUUGGAGGCCCGUGCAAUGGAAGCACGUGCGAUGGAGGCCCGUGCAAUGGAGGCCCGUGCGAUGGAAGUCAGAGUGAUGGAGGCCAGAAACAUGGAUCCAAGAGGCCCAGUGCCUGGCCCUAGAGGCCCUAUGCCUGGUGGAAUCCAGGGUCCAAAUCCAAUGAACAUUGGGGCAGUUGGUCCUCAGGGAUCCAGGCAGGUCCCAGUCAUGCAGGGGGCAGGCAUGCAAGGAGGCAAUAUGCAGGGUGGAGGCCAGCCUGGUGGCUUUAGUCCUGGCCAGAACCAAGUCACUCCACAGGACCACGAGAAGGCUGCUUUGAUCAUGCAAGUUCUUCAACUGACUGCAGACCAGAUUGCCAUGCUGCCUCCUGAACAGAGGCAGAGUAUUCUGAUCUUAAAGGAACAAAUACAGAAGUCCACUGGAGCACCUUGA